AUGAGCGGAGAACAAAGAAAACUUCCUGACUGGAUAGCAGCAAAGAGAAGGGAAACAACCAUGGAUUACAGUAAGAAAUUUACCUGGAAGAAAAACAUUUUGGAAGACAGUCUCCCAUACUUGGAAUUCAGUGGUUCUGUUUACUAUAGUAAUGAGUCCAAUGAUUGCUCUUACUUGUCAGAGUGUAUCAGAGAGAAGCUUCCUGAAGGGUCAGCAAUUGGGUUUGACAUUGAAUGGCCUCCUGUUUAUAUUAAAGGGAAAACUGGAAAGGUUUCCCUUAUUCAAGUGUGUCUCUCAGAAUUGGAAUGCUACCUAUUUCACAUUUCAUCCAUGACAGGUUUUCCAAAAGGUCUUAAGAGACUGCUUGAAAAUGAGUCUAUAAAGAAAGUUGGCGUGGGGAUAGAAGGAGAUCAGUGGAAACUACUGAGUGACACUGAUGUGAAAUUGAAAGGAUUUAUUGAGCUUACUGAUGUGGCCAAUGAGAAACUUAAAUGUAAAGAAAAGUGGAGUUUGAAUGGCUUAGUUAAACACCUCUUUAGCAAGCAGCUUCUGAAGGAUAACUCUGUUCGUUGUAGCAGCUGGGACAGGUUUCCUCUUACUGAUGAGCAGAGACUCUAUGCUGCAUCAGAUGCUUAUGCCAGUCUUCUAAUUUACCAAAAACUAGAGAACAUGGAUGAAAGUGAGAGGGAUCUGUUCCAUGUCAGUACAGAGGAUAGUGCAGCUUCACUUGAGAUGAAGAGCAAGCUCAAGGCUCUGUCACAGGAGUGUCUUGAUUUGGUGGAUCAAGUCCCAUAUGAUUUUGAAAUGUGUGGAAAGACACAAAGAGCUGCAGAUAUUCUUGCAAAACUUUCUGGGAGCUUGGAAGAUGUCAGAAGUGUACUUUUAGAAUCAUCAAAGGCACAGGAGGACUUUGAAGAAUUGGUUUGUAAAGGCUCACCGGAGAGUAGUAACAAAACUGGAGCCUGUGUGUCUGAUUGUGAAGUCAAACCAAGUAGUAAAAGAGAUGACUGUAGACAAGAAACAAAUUAUAGUUCUGUUGGAAAACGUGAUGCCCAUCUUAAAGGAAGCAUGGACCAAGACUUUGCCAUGACUUUAGGCAUCACUGAAGAGGAAUUUCAGCUGAUGGAAGCCAUGGGUGAAAUGCACAACAAGAAAGAUGAUGAAUCUAUUGAGGAAUAUAUGGGCAUUGAUGAUGAAAUUCACCACAACCCUGGUAUUGAGAGUGAUGAAGAGUUGGAGAGUGAAAUGCUCAAGUCUGUAGCGGAUUUGGAAAACAGCCCAGAAUAUGACACUGGAACAAAAUCAUUCUCGACAAAUAGUAAAUAUUUGAAUAAUGCUGUGGAUGACGAAGAAGAUGAAGGCAUCGAAGAGGAAAUUGAAGAAGACUGGGAUCCGUGUCUUCCUGAACCAAAUGCUGAGCAAAUAGCUUGCUUGAAGACAUAUUUCGGUCAUUCAAGUUUUAAACCAGUUCAGUGGAAAGUCAUACAUUCAGUUUUAAAAGAAAGAAGAGACAACCUUGUUGUCAUGGCAACAGGCUAUGGAAAGAGCUUAUGCUACCAGUUUGCACCAGUUUACACUUCUGGUAUUGGUAUUGUCAUCUGUCCCCUGAUUUCACUCAUGGAAGAUCAAGUGAUGCAGCUAGAAAUGUCAAACAUUCCUUCUUGUUUUCUUGGAUCUGCGCAAUCUAAAAACGUCAUGCAAGAUGUAAGGGCAGGCAAAAUAAAAGUAAUUUACAUGACUCCUGAAUUCUGUUCCAGUGGCAUUACAAUGCUUCAAGACCUAGACAACAAAUAUGGUAUAACUCUUAUAGCAAUUGAUGAAGCACACUGCAUUUCAGAAUGGGGUCACGACUUUAGAAGUGCCUACCGGAAAUUGGGCUCUCUUAAGAAAAUGCUUCCUACGGUACCUAUUGUGGCUUUGACAGCAACAGCCAGCCCUUCAAUUCGUGAAGAUAUUUUGAAAUCUUUAAAUCUGCGGAAUCCACAAGUCACAUGCACUAGUUUUGACCGUCCAAACCUUUUUCUGGAAGUAGGAAGGAAGACUACAAAUAUCAUACAGGAUCUGCAAAAGUUUCUUAUUAAGAAGCCAAGAGGGUCUGGAUGGGAAUUUGAAGGCGCCACAAUUGUUUACUGCCCCUCCAGAAAGACAUCUGAACAGGUAACCUCAGAAUUGUGUAAGCUGAGCAUUUCCUGUGGUACUUACCAUGCUGGCAUGGGGAUCAAGGCAAGAAGAGAGGUACAUCAUCGCUUCAUGAGAGACGAAAUACAGUGUGUUGUUGCCACUGUUGCAUUUGGUAUGGGGAUCAAUAAGCCGGAUAUUCGUCAAGUUAUCCACUAUGGAGCCCCUAAAGAAAUGGAAUCCUAUUAUCAGGAGAUUGGAAGAGCUGGAAGAGAUGGGCUUCCGAGCAGUUGUCAUGUUUUAUGGGCUCCCACAGACAUGAAUUUUAACAGGCACAUGCUGAGUGAGAUCCAAAAUAAACAUUUUCGGGAAUACAAACUGAAAAUGUUAGCGAAGAUGGAAAAAUAUCUUCUUUCAAGCAAUUGCAGGCGCAGGAUCAUCUUGUCUCAUUUUGAAGACAAACAACUCCGUAAGGCCUCUUAUGGUAUCAUGGGAACUGAAAAAUGUUGUGAUAACUGCAAGACCAGAUUAAAAUAUAACCUUCCAGUCAAAGAUGUAGAAGACCGUGUUGAAGAUUUUGGUCCACAGGCUCUACAGCUGUUAUCUGCAGUAGAAGCUUUGGGCGAAAAAUUUGGCACUGGUGUCCCUGUCUUAUUUCUUCGUGGAUCUUUUUCUCAGCGGUUACCAGACCGAUAUCGUUGCCAUCCUCUGUUUGGUCGGGGAAAAUCUCAGACUGAGGUUUUCUGGAAGGCUUUGGCACGAGUGUUGAUCACUGAAGGCUAUCUCCAAGAGUCCACUGGUCACAGCAAGUUUGCAACUACAUGUGGUCUUACAACCAAGAGCAGGAACUGGAUGAGUAAAGCCACGAAUGAGUCCAGUCCAACGCUGCUUCUUCAGCCAAAUGAAGAGUUGUGUUCUAACAAACCCACUGCCGUAAGUUUACAGCCACGCUCUCCUGUGGUCAUUCAGCCGUCGCCUCAUAGAACAUCCAGUAAAUCUGUUACUGACCUUCAGAAACUUUCACUAAAAGGCAAGUUCUCCUACCAAGAGGCUGAGAAGCUUCCUAAAGUGGAAUCCUCUAAAACCAGCAGUUUGGGAAUUCAGCAACCAUGUAAGCCACCUGAACCCACAAUUUCAGCAAGAGACCUCGAACUGCAGACUACACUGUAUGGCAAGUUGGUAUCAGCUAGGCAGAAAAUAGCCAGUGAGAAGGACAUUCCACCAGCUGUGCUAGCUACCAACAAGGUGCUUGUGGACAUGGCUAAAAUGAGACCAACAACAGUUGAAAAUAUGAAGAAGCUUGAUGGAGUCUCAGAAGCCAAGGCUAAGAUGCUGGCUCCUCUUGUGGAAGUAGUCAAGGAGUUCUGCUUGGCCAACUGUCUGAAGGUAGAUUCCUUUUCAGAUGGAAAACCAAGUUCAAGUGUGCGUGUAUCAAAAGGUUCAGUUGUCAUGUCACUCCCAGAAUCUCCACGCAUCACCUACUCCCUGUUUCAGGAACAGAAACUGUCUUUGCAAAAAAUUGCUGAUGCCAGAAGUAUAAGCUUGGCAGCAGUUGGUAUGCAUCUUUGGCAAGCUCUAAAAGCAGGCUAUCAACUCGAUGUGCAGCGAGCUGGCUUGACUCCUGCAAUACAGAAGACCAUCACUAAUGUGAUUAAAAGUCCUCCGAUAAACUCAGGUCUUUCAAGUUUUCAAGCUAUCCGUUCUUUGGUGGCCCCCGAAAUUGAUAUUUACUUGGUAAGAAUGGUGAUUACACUGCUUGAAAAAGAAGGGAGUGAUGACAGUGAAUUAAAGGCGGAGUCCUCAACCAGCAAAUCUUUACAAGGUCUUGCUUCGCAGCCUGUGGGACCAUCACAGCCAAAGACUUGUUUAAAUAACAGCUCCUGGAUUGAAAAGAAGAAACUAGUGGAAGAGAGCAAAACUGACGUCCAGCUAGCGCUCACAAAACUGGAGCUGCCUAAAACGCCUGCAGUAGCCCCAAUCAAGCUUGCCUCAUGGAAUCAGCCUUUGCCAGAUGAAGACACUGAAUACCUAUUUUCAGAAUCACAGUUACAGACUUCAAAAAGAAAACUGCCUCAAUGGUUUAGCGCACCCAAAGAACAUCCCAGAAUGCCCAAUCUUGUCAAAAAAGCCAAAACUGGAAAAAAGAAAGGCCUUUUUGGUUGAAAAAGAUGCUGCCAGCAUUUUUAGCAGAAAUACAAUAUAAACAUGCUACAAGGUAGCAAAAUUAUACCAUACUGCAAACUGUGAAAUAUUUUCACUUAAUUCUAAGUGUAUAUUUAAAGUGCGGGUAUUGUUUGUUCACUAGAUAAGCUUUAAU